AGCGACCGCGGGCCGAGUCGCCGGAGCCCGGCCGGGGCGAUGUGGAGCGCGGGCCGCGGUCGAGCUGCGGGCCCGGCGCUGCUGGGGGUCCUGCUAGCCCUCUCGCUGCCGGGGGGCCGUGCCGCCAAGGCCGACGCGGGGCUCGUGACCUGCGGGUCGGUGCUGAAGCUGCUCAAUACGCAGCAUCGGGUGCGGCUGCACUCGCACGACAUCAAAUACGGAUCCGGCAGCGGCCAGCAGUCGGUGACCGGCGUGGAGGCGUCCGACGACGCCAACAGCUACUGGCGGAUCCGCGGCGGCACGGAGGGCGGGUGUCCGCGCGGGUCCCCGGUGCGCUGCGGGCAAGCGGUGCGGCUGACGCACGUGCUUACCGGCAAGAACCUGCACACGCACCACUUCCGGUCGCCGCUGUCCAACAACCAGGAGGUGAGCGCCUUUGGGGAGGACGGCGAGGGGGACGACCUGGACCUGUGGACCGUGCGCUGCUCAGGGCAGCACUGGGAGCGGGAGGCCGCCGUGCGCUUCCAGCAUGUGGGCACCUCCGUAUUCCUGUCGGUCACUGGCGAGCAGUACGGGAGCCCGAUCCGGGGGCAGCACGAGGUGCACGGCAUGGCCAGCGCCAGCGCCCACAAUAAGUGGAAGGCCAUGGAAGGCAUCUUCAUCAAGCCCAGCCCGGAGGCCCCUGGGGGCCACGAUGAGCUCUGAGCGCUGUGGACCGGGGGUGGAGGGCAGCGGGGAGUGUUGUCUGCAGACAACUCUCGGGGGAGACUUUGGGUUUGUAGGGGUUCUCAAGUGCCUUUAUGAUUAAAGAAUGUUGGUCUGUGGUCGCA